UGAUGGAUGUUUUUCAACUGUUUUAAGGGAGUUACAGUUGUUUCUUUUUUCAAAAUUUAGGAGGUUUUGAUUAGACACCAAGCACUUAAGUUAGGGGGCUUGUUUUGGAAACCGUAGUUGCCUAAAAAAGCAAUUUGAAAGGGGAAAGGCUUCACCUUUGUCUUCUUUCUUCUUGGUUUUUUUCACAGUUUGCCCAUUUCCAAAAUUUGAGCUAUUUUCUCUCAUGGGUUUUAGAGCUGAGGGCAAGAUAAGGGGUAAAGGUGGCUCCUUUGGCUAAGAGUUUGCGACCCAUUUGAGAAAUUUGGAAGCUUUGGAUCAAUUGAUCAUUAAGAAGGUUUGAAGUGAUGAAAAGGACCAAAUAUCCAAAAUAUGCAAGCAUGGAUUAGAUUUGUUUCAUUGGAACAUAGGAAUGGAACAUGCGAAUUCCGACAGGAAAGAAGAAUUCCAACAUGAUAACAAUAUGCCUUGUAGUGUAAAUAAUUCCUCCGAACUCGAACAAGAUGAUCUCUCAGGUUUCACUAUUUCCGAACUCGAAAUUGAGUUUGAGAAAAUGUGCAACAAAUUAGUGAUCCCAAACUACAUCCGUCUCAUCAGCCCCCAUAAGGAUUUCUCAGAGAAUUGCACUGAUUAUGAUACAGCAUCAGAUCCUGUAAGUAUCUUCUAUAGAAGGGCAGCCUUGUUUAGCAUCCCGGUGAAUCUAAGAUCUUCAGAAAGCCAAAAGAACCAACAAAGAUGGAUGUUUGAGUCUAAAGAGGCCAAUUUGUUAUUCAAAUUAGGUGUUCGAGAUGAUAAAAGGAGACAUUUUAAAUCACCAUCAGCUGAUUUAAGACUAACAAAAUCUUCGGAAUUGUGCAGUUUACCUUCAGUGCUGAGGGAGAACAUUGGAAGACAAAGUUCUGAGUUUAAUAUCUCUGAAAGAAAGCUAGUUUCUUGCUCUAAAGGGCUUCUUUGUUGUGUUUGGAAGAGCGAGAUACCCUUUUUUGUGUUUUCAUUCGAAAAUCACAGUAGUGAUUUAUAUCUGGCUUAUCCUCAAAAGGUGGAGUCUUCAUUUGAUAAGUCCUUGGAUUAUGUGUACUUAUUUCAUUCGAUAAAGUCCAAAAACCAUCGAAAUAAUGCAUCAAGUGUUAUUGGCAAGAUGACAGUAUCGAGUUCUUUUGUUCUAGACUCCAACGGGUCCAAACUCUUGGAGACUGAAUUUGUCCUUUUUGGUACUAAAGAAGACUAUUUCAAGGAAAUUGAAAGUUCAUCCUUUACUCUCAACAACAGUAAAGGUUUCUCAAAGAAAAUCACAGAAGUACUUAAAUCAAGGUACUCUUUCAAGCAUAAAGCUCUUCAUAAGUUCGGUGAACCAAAUUUUAAUUUGGAUGAUUUUGAGCGGGGUAUAAACGAAAUGGAUAAUGUGAAUGAUUUUGUACAAGCUUCUCCAUCAAAUCUUGAGUUGGCUGCCAUAGUUGUGAAAGAUUAUCAAUGUAAUAGAAGUAAAGAACCCGAGAGAGGUGGUUGGGGCCUUAAGUUUCUCAAGAAUUAUGAAGGAGGUCCGGAGAGAAAAUGUGGAGAUUCUAGAAGGAAAAUCGAUGUUUUAGUCCCGAGUGGUUUCCAUGGAGGCCCAAUUAAUGGAAGUGAUGGGCCUUCUGGCCUUAUUGAGAGAUGGAAAUUUGGAAGUUGUGACUGUGGAGGUUGGGAUAUUGGAUGUCCUCUCAAAGUUCUUGAGAACAAUUCUCUAUGUUCGACUACUUUAAUCCAAGAUGACUCAGAAGAAGAUAGACAACCAGUUUGUUUAUUUAUGAAAGAGGGUGCUCAACAAAGUGAACCAACUCUCAGAAUGAUGAACAAAAGCAAAGACAUGUAUUGUAUCGAUUUCGAGUCAUCUCUUUCAAUAUUACAGUCUUUCUCCACAGCGGUUGCGAUCAUCCACUGCAAAACACCAGACCUGUACCCAAAGUUUUAGGUGAAGAAGAGAGCACAAAUACUUGAAAAUGGUGUAUGUCCAUGUGUAUAUUGUUAUAGAUAUCCAUGUAUUUUAUCAAGUUAGGUUACGUUGAUCUACAAAAUGGGUUAUUUUCGUUUUUCACUCUGCUUGUAAUAUCAAUGGCUUUUGAUAGUUUUCUAGAGAUUUCGAUGCGGUGAAAUCUCGAGUCCUAUUAUUAAUGUGAGAACUUGAAUGCUGCAAAUAGAAAGCUUACAACAUGCGGAUGAAAA